UUAUUUUUUGUGUGUUGUUUACAUAAGUGACCUCAGCUAGCGAAAAUCCAACCAUGGCGGGAUCUCAAAUAACAUUUUCUCAAAAAGUUUCACAGGAUUUAGCACAACAUGAACUUUAUACCAGCAACCUCCAGAGUUCCAGAUUAAUGCAACAUAAAGAUGGGAUACUUUACAUUUGGUCAGAACUUAAAAAAUGUCUUUACACCAAACUAUUUUAUGGAAUCACUAAUGAGAGAACCCAGUCAGUGGAAAACGAAAGUACAAGAUUUCAGACUUUAGUUUGCUCUAUACCUCCAUAUUUCGAAGUGACCGACAUCAAGAUAAAUCCUUCUGGACAGCAUCUUCUCCUUUUUGGUACCCGUGGUGUUGGAUUUGUAGAAUUACCAAGACGAUGGGGAGAGGCUGGUUUGUUUGAGGGUGGAAAAGAUAUUUUACAUUGUCGGCUGGCAUUACUUGACGAUUCUUUUUUUUGUCAUCAUGUAUCAAUCAAAAUACUUGAAGCAGCAUGGUACCCUGGAAGUCUUAAUAAUAAGAUUAUUGUUCUUACAAAUGAGAACUGCUUAAGGUUCUAUGACAUUUCAUCACCAAAUAAGCUAAUACUACGAUUUCCUCUAUUUGGUGUUUUGCACCACAAUGUUGGAACUGCGACAUCUAACAUAUCAAGUGCAUUGGGAGAUGAUGCUGUGGAUUUUGAUGUUGGCGAAUCUGUGUGUGAUAAACGGGGAGUUGUAACAAAUAGUAUCUUUGUUCUGCAAGAAACUGGAGAUGUUUGGACUGUUUAUGGCAAAUUCACUCAUAACAGACUGCAAGUUUAUGAAGAAGGACCACUGAUAAUCAAUCCACCUUCUCUUGACAACUAUGGUUGUAAUUAUUGUUCCUUGAUCUGUCUUCCAUCGGUUCCGACAACAGUAGUUAUUGGAACUCAGAGUGGAUCUAUCUAUCAUUGUUUGCUGCUGCAAGAAGACAGGAAUGGAUUUGAGGACGAAGACAGCGCAUUGUUUGACAAUCAAACUGUUGAGCAGUUGUUUGUGUAUGAGUCGGUUGAAUUAGAACAGAAUUUUCUUUAUCCAGUUGAAGAUGAUAAUGUGCAACCACAAAGUAAAGCAAAAAGCCAGAAACUCCAACUCACCAGCAGUGGCUACAAUGACAGAUAUUUAGCUGUAACAAAAGGUGGCGUCCAUAGUAUAUUUUUGCCUUGGUUGCACGACAUAGACAGACUGCUGUUAAAAGACCAAUAUGGCAGUGAACAAUGCAUUCCAGAUUCCCCUGCAGACGUGUCUUAUGUUUUGUGUACUCAACCGUUUGAUAAAAGUCCUACUGGUUCAAUAUAUGGCUGUGCGAUAGUCUACAAUGAUUUGAAAGUCCCAUGUAUAGUCUGUUUGAUGACUUCAGGAGAAUUCCUCUACAUUUCUUUGGCAAGCAGUCCAAUACAUAAAGACGAAGAUGAAAGUACACAAACAACUGGUAUCUAUACAUCCCCCAUAAGAAGUUUACAUUAUGCAGGAAAUUUCGACACGCAUAUCAGACAAAUACUGUCCAAAGAUUCUAUAGUACCUCGAAUCAGGUGUGGUGGAAGUGAAGACUCUGUACCCAUUGACGCUUACUACAGGUUACUUACAAAAACCACAAAAAUACUUCGUGAAGAAUACAUACAGAAGCUAUUGCUAGCUAAAAUUCAAUUAGAGAAUAGAUGUAAAAUCCUGACAGCUAAGAAAGAACAACAGAAAGAGGAGGUUGAGAUACUUCAAAAUGAUGUUGCGCUUAGUAGCAGCAGUGAAGAGCUUGGAUCUAAGUUGGAAAUGGUGCAAGAAAAUACACUCUCUAUAGGAAAAAGGGUAAACGAACUGUUUAGAAAAAUGCUCUUUUUGUCGCCUGUCAUCUCAAACGAAGAAAGUGUAUGGAGUAAAGAGCUGACAGUUUUGCAUGAAAAGUUGAUUCAUCAAAGAAGGUGCAUAGAAACCGUUAAACGAAAACACGAGAAUAUAAUUCUACAAGAAAUACCAGAAAGUAGUAUAAAUAAAAACGUUUCUGUGAAUGACAAGACAGCUCUCUCAGCAUCGCAAAACAUUAAAGUUAGGGCUGUCUUGAAGGAACAAGGGAAUAUCAUCUCGAAGUUAGUAGAAGAUGUGCAAUCGUUGAACGUUCAAAUGGGAAGUUAACCCUGGUAUUUAUUGAAUGUGUCGACGCCAUAUCGAGGUUACUUGACAAUUUCGAACCCAAACUUCAUGACAAGAUGUAGGUUAGAUGAUAAACAUUACAUAUCAUAAAAUUAGUUUAGAUGAACAUUCUGAUAGAAUGUAGUUUAAAUGAUUUAAAUGAACAGUAAAAAAAGAACUGGUGACGACAUUUGAAAGUGUAUAUAAUAAUUUUAUUGAAUAAAAAUCUCGACUUUGUUAA